ACCAGCUCUGAGGAGAUGGUGCCCAGCUCCCCCCCCCCUCCCCCACCGCGCAUCUACAAGCCCUGCUUCGUCUGCCAGGACAAGUCCUCAGGCUACCACUAUGGUGUCAGCUCCUGCGAAGGCUGCAAGGGCUUCUUCCGCCGCAGUAUUCAGAAGAACAUGGUGUACACCUGUCACCGUGACAAGAACUGCCAGAUCAACAAGGUCACGCGCAACCGUUGCCAGUACUGCCGCCUGCAGAAGUGUUUUGAGGUCGGCAUGUCCAAGGAAGCUGUGCGCAACGAUCGGAACAAAAAGAAAAAGGACGUGAAGGAGGAGGCCGUGCUGCCAGAGAGCUACGAGCUGAGCGGAGAGCUGGAGGAGCUGGUCAACAAAGUCAGCAAAGCCCACAAAGAGACUUUCCCGUCACUGACCCAACUAGGAAAAUACACCACCAACUCAAGCUCAGACCACAGGGUACAGCUGGAUCUGGGGCUCUGGGACAAAUUCAGUGAGCUCUCCACCAAAUGCAUCAUCAAAAUUGUGGAGUUUGCCAAACGCCUGCCAGGCUUCACCACGCUCACCAUUGCUGACCAGAUCACCCUCCUCAAAUCAGCCUGCUUGGACAUCCUGAUGCUGCGGAUCUGCACGCGCUACACUCCAGAGCAGGACACCAUGACCUUCUCAGACGGGUUGACCCUCAACCGCACACAGAUGCACAAUGCCGGUUUUGGCCCUCUCACGGACUUGGUGUUCGCCUUCGCCGGACAGCUGCUCCCGCUGGAGAUGGACGACACGGAGACAGGCCUCCUGAGCGCCAUCUGCCUGAUCUGUGGAGACCGCAUGGAUCUGGAGGAGCCGGAGAAGGUGGACCGGCUGCAGGAGCCGCUGCUGGAGGCUCUGAAGAUCUACGCCCGGCGCCGGCGUCCCAACAAGCCUCACAUGUUCCCCCGCAUGCUGAUGAAAAUCACAGACUUGCGCGGGAUCAGCACCAAAGGGGCGGAGAGAGCCAUCACGCUGAAGAUGGAGAUCCCGGGGCCCAUGCCCCCACUCAUCAGGGAGAUGCUGGAGAACCCCGAGGCGUUUGAGGAGCAGUCGGAGUCCAGCGAGAGCAAGGCCGAGCCACCGCCCACUGCCACGUCGCCGCCGCCGAGCGGCCCGCCCAACCUCAAGCAGGAGCAGGAGGACGAGGAGGACAGCUGGGCCACGGAGAACCGCAGCGAGCCCUCGCCGGAGGAGGAGGACGAUGACGACGACGACGUGGGGGACGACGACAGGGCCUCGGACAGCGAGGGAGAGGCCUGGGGAGGGCAGGACACCAGCCUGGAACCCCCCAGGCAGAGCCACAUGGGCAGAGCCCAGUGAACUGAUAAAAAAAACAAAAAAACAUGUACACAUACACUCUCAUAGACCCUUUUCUAAACCUCUGAACACCCCAACCCCAACACACACACACACACACACACACACACACACACACACACACACAUAAACAGACACACACACAUUUUGAUUUCCCCUGUCUGGGGAAGCAGUAGCCUUACUUGUAUAGAUCCUUUUUAACUCAGGCCAAAAUGGUCAUCGAUGAGUGACUUUGCAGUGAAACAAUACAAAGGUGUUCUUUCAGAGAAACGGUCUACCUUAUGAACUCUACCGUGUGGCCAAGAGGGAAAACACGAGGCAAAACAAUGGACUUUCCAGACAAAGCAGUUGUCUCUUUUCUACAUUUUUUUCUUUUAAAAUCAUAUUUGUAUCUAAAUAAUGGAAAGGCCAAAACAAAAACACACCAACAUGAAACAGUUAACACUGAUGGUUACCUAAACACUUCCUAAGACAACUACAGGUCAAAACCAAACGGAAUAUGCUAUGUACUAUUUUUUGUCAUUGACAUUUUUCUGACUUUUUGUCAUUAUAUUUUAUGACUAGGCCCAUACAUAUCUAUAUAUGUUUAUUUUUUGCCUUUGUGUAAUAUUUCUUUUGUUAAAAGUUGUGUUUGAAUAGCGUUCCUACAGAGAGACAGAGACAGGACAAUUGCCUCAUCGUAACUGGCAGACCUCUACAGAGUCUCACACUCAGCUGUUGGGCUGGGCUCCUGGGCACUUUGGGCUCAUUGUAGAUGUCAAUGAUAAUCACCUCAGUCGACCAUGCAUUGGGCACGAUGUCAACACCAUCAGAUCAGGCCAUUGGCAUUAUUUUACUCUCGUUUCCACCUUUGUAGAUCGGAGGGUGCUCUUCUUUUGUGUGUGUGUGUGUGUGUGUGUGCCAAAGUUAGCAGAUCGUACUCUGAUCAGAAUGUGUAUGUUAUCAGGGAUCCCUGGAUUACAGACACCACAGAUAUGUCUCCUCUAUCAAAUGCCUUGAUUCAUCACUCAUCAGCCAUACAUGUGCACAGACCUCCAAAGCACACAUUUGAACAGACUCCACUCGCAGUAGGGGUCUCAGGCAGAGCUGUUCAUUUUUUUGCCAUACGUGUAGCACUUUUCCAAACCUCGUGGUGACACAGGGCCCGGUGUGUGCUCAGUGGAGUGAGGAGGCACGAGGUUUGCUGCAGGACAGGUCACUAAUCUCCAGGACUGCACAUUCAGGACUCCGCUUAAAAACGUCAUCCAGUGCUCUGGCAAUCUUGUAAAGUUGCAGGACUGGGCAGCACUCCAGUAUAACAUAUGCACAUACAUGGUAGUUCACACACACAUACAUGCACAUCAUCAUCAUCAUUAUCAUCAUCAUCUUUAUUAUCAUCAUCAUCAUUUUCUAAAGCUGUCAGAGGGAAGUAUUCAGACUCAGGGUAUCUCUAAGGACCAAACUCUAGCUGUCAAGACACACGCUGGAAACAGGCAAUAUUUGUUUUGCAUGUGGUUUCAACGCAGUGCAUUAAAUCAAGGAGUCCCUCAAAUGAACAUUAGUGUGAAAGCUUGAAAAAGGAUCUGCCAACACAAAAGUAACAAAACCAUCACACAACGUACUUCUCUCUUUUGGGAUGCACAAUGUGUUGUUUUUAUUUGUGCGCAUCAUCAUCCAUCCUUGACAAGAGAAGUAGAAAUAAUCAAGUUGCAGAUGGCCACUUUGACAUGACGUCAACGUUCUGGCCCAACAUUUAAGCAAUACAAAGAUAAUCAGGAAUUCCAGUGUAUUUUCAUGUGAACUGGCAGACUUGUUGUUUGUGUGAGUGUGUGAGAGAGAACAUGUACAAGCUGUAGCCUUUUUUCCUCCAAUUGUCUGUGAACAUCCAUGGGCGUGUGUGUGUCUGAGUAUGUGUGUGUGUGUGUCGAUGCUUUGUGACGUGUGAGUGAGGAACAUUCACCUCAUUAGCAGCCACUGCAGUCUAUCUUCAGGCAAGACAUUGCCGUCAUGCAAAACGAAUGUUGAGAUUACGUUGUUCUAUUUUCUCAUUGUUGUUUGUCUGUUAUUUGGACAUUGGCUGAGGUCUGUUCUGACUGUCUGUUCCUCUGCUCAUGCCAACCAACUCUGUCAUUUAAAAAGAAAAGCCAUAUAAAACAGUAAAAGGCACAAUAAACAACAUUUUUGUGA